AUGGAUCUGGCUCAAGCCGCUGUUAGGGUUAGCCUGGCUCGCUCUCGCUCACUCUCCACAUAUGUUACCACUCUUCAGUCUCAGAUGCAGCAACAGGCGCCGCCUUCCACCGACCGAGCCGCUCUCAAGGACUGCGUGCUUCAGAUCGCCGACUCCGUGGAUGAGUUGACUCGGACGCUGAGCGAGUUGAAGAACAUGCGGGUGGGAACGGCGUCGUUCCAGUGGCACCUCAGUAACGCGCGGACGUGGACUAGCACGUCCUUGACCAACUGUUACUCUUGCGUCAGCGGAUUUGGCGGCAGCGACGGCAAGGUUGGGUUGGACGUGAAGCAGAGAGUGAACAGCGUAGGAAUGCUCACCAGCAACGCGCUUUACCUCAUCACCCGAAUCGGUGGUGCUGAUAAUGGCGUUGGUGGAGGAAACUGA